AGCGUUAGACAACUUUUAAAUUGGGUUUUGAAGAUGAUUUUGAAACAGAAAAGGAAAAUUGGUCAGAGUAAGAGGUCUGUCGUGACAUCUAUGUUUUAGUCAAGUGGUAAAAAUAGAGAAAAGAGUGAGAGCUCUGUAUUUUUGCACCUCUAUGACAUCAGCAGCAGGGCGGAGAGGAGGAGGAGAAACGGGAGGAGGAAAAGGAGAGGAGGGGCGCUUCACGGGGGCUGUAGGAAAGCAAAGACAGGUUUCGGGUUUUCCUCGUUGACUGGGCGGUGGGCGGAGGUGGCGGACGGUGUACAGGAACUACAACCUACCGGUUGGGGGGUGGAUCACCAGGAGCUGCUGCUGCUGCUGGAGCCGGCUCAGCAUCAACAUGGAGCUGGAGAACAUUGUCGCCAACACCGUGUUGCUCAAAGCACGAGAAGGAGGUGGCGGCAACAGAAAAGGAAAAAGCAAGAAAUGGAAGCAGAUGCUGCAGUUCCCCCACAUAAGUUUGUGCGAGGAGUUGCGACAGACCACAGAGAAAGACUACAGCAGCUUGUGUGAGCGGCAGCCCAUCGGACGGUUACUGUUCAGACAGUUCUGCGAUACCCGACCGGAGCUGAGACGCUGCGUCAAGUUCCUGGAUGCUGUGGCGGAGUACGAGGUGACUCCAGACGAAAAGAGGAAGGAGUGCGGACAGGAACUCAUCGACAAAUACUUCAACCCGAAAUCAGGGAGCCAUCUUUCUGAGGUGGAGGCAGCCAUGAUGACUCAGUGUACAGAGAGGCUGCAGCAGGAAGCCUGCAAAGAGCUUUUCAAGGACUGCACCAAAUUGAUACAUGACUACCUGAGCGUGGCGCCUUUCGCUGACUAUCUUGACAGCAUGUACUACAACAGGUUCCUGCAGUGGAAGUGGCUGGAGAGGCAGCCGGUGACUAAAAACACAUUCAGACAGUACAGAGUUUUAGGAAAAGGAGGUUUCGGGGAGGUGUGUGCGUGUCAGGUACGGGCCACUGGCAAAAUGUAUGCCUGCAAAAAGCUGGAAAAGAAAAGGAUAAAGAAGAGAAAAGGAGAGUCGAUGGCGCUCAACGAGAAGCAGAUUCUGGAGAAAGUCAACAGCAGAUUUGUUGUGAGUUUAGCGUAUGCCUACGAAACGAAGGAUGCGCUGUGUCUCGUGCUGACCUUGAUGAACGGCGGAGACCUCAAGUUUCACAUCUACCACAUGGGAGAUGCAGGCUUUGAUGAGAAGAGAGCCGUGUUUUAUGCUGCAGAGAUCUGCUGCGGUCUGGAGGACCUGCACCGAGAGCGGAUCGUCUACAGGGAUCUGAAGCCAGAAAACAUCCUGCUAGAUGACCAUGGUCAUAUCAGAAUAUCAGACCUGGGUCUGGCCGUUCAUGUGCCAGACGGAGAAGCCAUCAAGGGCCGGGUGGGGACAGUUGGAUACAUGGCUCCGGAGGUGGUGAGGAACGAGCGGUACACCUUCAGCCCCGACUGGUGGGCGCUGGGCUGCCUGCUGUAUGAGAUGAUCGAGGGCCAGUCACCAUUUCAGCAGAGGAAGAAGAAGAUCAAAAGGGAGGAAGUGGAGCGACUGGUGAAGGAGGUGCAGGAGGAAUACUCCAGUAAGUUCUCUGAAGAAGCCAAGUCCAUCUGUAAAAUGCUGCUGACCAAAGAUCCCACAAAGAGGCUGGGCUCCCUCGGGGGUGGGGCUUCUGAGGUCAAAGGUCACCCAAUCUUCCGCCCCAUCAACUUCAAACGGCUGGAGGCCGGCAUGCUACAACCACCCUUCAUCCCUGACCCUCAGGCUAUUUAUGCUAAAGAUGUGCUGGACAUCGAGCAGUUCUCUACGGUAAAGGGUGUGGAGCUGGACCCGAAAGAUGAAUCCUUCUACAGCAAAGUGUCGACAGGAAGUGUCUCCAUCCCCUGGCAGAAUGAGAUGAUUGAGACGGAGUGUUUCUCUGAGCUGAAUGUGUUUUAUGAGGACGGCGCCAUUCCUCCAGACCUGGACUGGAGAGGACAGCCGACUCCGACACCCAAACAGGGACUGCUGCAGCGGCUCUUCGGACGGCAGGACUGCUGUGGUAACUGCAGCGACAGCGAUGAGGAGCCCACCAGGCUGUGAACACCCCCCACCCACCCAAAUGAAAUAUGUUUUGUUUACAACUUUUGCACAACGUUUCCCAGAAUGUAUAUUUUCAACAUAGUCAUAAUGUUUGAAUUUAUUUAAAAGUGUGAAAACUCUGCUGUGGACACGUUUCCAACUGGGAACACAGAUGGACAGAAAACUAUUAUGGUUUCGACCUUUAUUGUCCAGGGGAAGUUUGCUUUCAUCCGCUGCUGCCGAGCAGCUCCUGCUGUAGAAGUGCCUUGCUUUAGGACACAGUGGCAGUGAUUACUCAGGGAGGACUGGACGUUCCUCUCUCGUUCCCACGCUGAGGGGGAAGCCAGUGACUUUAAGCCCAUGAACUGUGACCACACGUGCCCUCCACAUCCCUGCUUUGUUUUGUUUUUUUGUUUGUUUUUUUACUGUUUUUGUCAUGUACAAAUCUGCUUCUGCAUAUUUUAUUUUUUCUUCCUUGUUGAGACAAUCGGCUCCUCGUUUCGGAGCAGCUUCAGAUAAACUCAUUGUUUUACAGAGGUGCAUUCAGACUUGUGCCUUUUCUUGUAACUCAAAGUGGUUUUAUAAGAAACAACCACAGUAACGGAUUAUUCCUUGCAGUUUGUUAGUAGACAACUUGAAUUCAUCUUAAAACACCAGAAGGAGCGAGAUCCUUUCUAAGACAUUCAAUGAUAUUUCAAAAUGUUGUUGUUUUUUUUUUUAAAAAAACAUGAUACAGUUCUCUGCAAACAAAAUAUUGACACCUUUUGAACUUCCUCACAAUUCCAUAUGUUACAGCUACAAACUGGAGAGUAUUUUAUUGGGAUUUUGUGAUAAGCCGACACACAGUAAUGCAAACUUUGAUUGGAGGGAGGAAAAUGACACAUGGUUCUCUUCACUUUGAAAAGAACAAAUUUUUCUUUUCUUGCAAAAUAUAUGUUGUUCUUAAUGAUUGUCACUUGAUUAAAUUGCACACAGGUGGACUGUUUACUAAUUUGGUGUUUCUUAAAUAAGUUGAUUUUGUUGGACUUUAUGAGUUAAGGGGGCUGUAUACAUAUAAACUGUAUAAAUGUAGCCUUUUCAUUCCUCUUCAACCUUAUUUAAGUCUGAUCUCAAGUUCAGAAAACAACAUAUUCCAUGCUGUCAUUAUUUAUUAAACAAAAAACCAGAAUAAGUAAAAAAAAAAUGCUGAUCUAAACCAAAUGAGUUGGCUUUACCAGAAAAUUAUUGUUCGAAAUUCCUGAUUUUUUUAUUGUUACUGUUUGGAUUAAAUUCAUACCUUUUAAUUUGCUGUCUAUUCCUACCAUGUAGAUAUGGUUUUAUAUUAUUGUAGUUUAAGUUGAAUAAAUGUGCAUUUUUCUGGUCACUUUCUGGCUGGAAAACUUAGGAAAUGUUUGAAUCAAAUGUGCCUUCACUGAUCCAUUAGUCAUAAAACUUUUUCUUUUCUUUAACCUAUUGUUUAUUUCCGCUUAACCACUAUAAACCAGUCUGUAUCUGGAAUUCCUUCUAACAAUUUCAGAUGGAUUUGCUGUUAUUUUCCUCUGUCUUAAACAAAUAGCACCAAUAUUAUUCGACAGACAUUUAACCUCUUGUUGUGCCUCCGUAAAGAAACUCCUCCACAUCAUCCCCAUCCAAUCACAAGUCACCCUGAAGCUGGAAUAAUGACUGAGACAUCCUGGUGUAAUCCUCAAACUGCGGUGGGUCUGAACAGACAUUUAUAUUCCUCUGCUAGAAAACCCUCAAAGAAUAUGGUGUCUGUUUGUAAGCUAUUAAAAUGAGAUACCUCUGA